AACUUUCUACACAUAUACAUUUGUUCAGUUCUCAGUUUUUUUAUUGUAUGCAUGCAAUUAAAUGCAUUCAAAUGCAAAAGAGCGUAUCUUUUCCCUUUCAGCAAUAAAUACGGUUUGGUUUCCAGCAAGGUAUGACUGAAAGGGAUUUCAUAUGGAAAACAAAGAACGAAGCUGGCAAUAUCCUUAAAUAUAAUUCUGCAGAGAAUAAGGAGAUGUCCGAUUUCAUCAUUGAAUUCGUAAAAGGUCAAUAUCCUGACGAAGUGGAGGGGGUUGUAAGAGAAGGAAUAAAGACAAAUUUUGAAUCGUUCAAAGCAAAGAAACGAAGAGAAGAGACUGGUAAACAAGAAGAACAUAACAAGAAAAUGGCUGUGUACAGCAGAUUGAAAAGAAAAUUAAACAACAGAAAAAAGGCAUUAAAAGAAAUAUCCAGCAUGCCAAAAGAACAAAAAGAAACAGUUAUGCAAAGUAUGGAGAUACAGUAUAUGUCUUCUGAACAAACCGAUUCAGAACUGAGACGAAGGGUCGUUUAUCGUCACACUUCUGCCUUGGAGGUCUGACGACUUUGACAAAUUAGUCAAAAAACCUAGACCAGAAACACGAAAAUAAACUGAGCAAGAGAAGCAGACGGCAGAAUAAUAUUCGAAAGGUUGGGGCAGUUUCUUUAAGGAAAAAACCAGAAGUCGUGCCAGGACAUGAAAGGGUGUUUAGAUAGUAAAAAUCAUUGAUUAAACUGUAUAUUGUUUAGGUAUGCAGUAAUUGCUACAUGUAAUUGUUAUUAAUUUUUACAUAAUUAAAUGUCCAAAGCUACAAAAACAAAGAAAAUCGCUGGUAAUUUUCAAUUAUUAUGUUAACAUAUUUCAGUCUUCACGAAAUCAAAUGGAUGCGAACAAUUAUACAAAAAAUACACCCUCAUGUCAGCAUACCGUCUUCAACAACAACAAGCGGGUCGUAGGAUGAUGUUUUGAUACAAAUAGUUAAUUAAAAGUGCUUCUUGAAACAACAAUACUGUAGUAAUAGGCAAAAUUAUAAAUAACAUGUCAUUGGCAAAACAAAAUUAUAACCUUUUUGAUUUGAAACCUAACAUCACGGAAAAUAUAUGUAAACAAUGAUUAUUUUAUUGAAUUUUCUCCGUUGUUUUUGUUCAAUAUAUGAUGUGCUCCUGCGUAAACAAGUAGUUUAUUUUAUUUGCACACACACAGUAGUAAAUUGUUUAAGACAAAAUGGAAAUUCUUCGAAAUAGUGAGAA